CAAAACCAGUUAUGGGACAACGAGUAUUAUUUACCUCAGAUACAUGGGACACGCGGUGCUGUGAGCAUCGGGUAUCGUUCUGCGGGGUGAAAGCACCAUAACCUACAGCCACUGAUGACUAAUGUGAUGACGUAAAUCCUGCUGCGGGAUCAAGCAGGAAGUAAAUGUACUGUUGCCAUGGAAAUUACACUGUCAGUCACAAUCUUGUUCCACAACCUUCUGUCCACUGACCUUGACCCUGAAGCUUCAUUGUCACGUGCUCACUGUGUUGACGUCUGCUUCUACAAUCGGACAUGCGCAUCCGUGUUCUAUGAUAGCAUCCUUGAGCUGUGCUACCAAAGUGAUCUUUGGUUCGACGAAACAGUGGAAAACCUCGUUGCGAAACAAGGGGUGUCUCAUAUUGCUUUCAGCAGGAGCGACUGUCCGAGCCAAUGGAUAUAUCAUAAACCAUCGUCCAAGUGUUUCAGGUUGAACACAAAAUCACGAUCCUAUACCGUCGCUACCAGUGAGUGCAAGGCCGAAGGAGGACGGCUCUUCAACAUCUAUAGCGCCAUGGAGGAUCAACUCGUCAUAACGCUUGUCAUCCGUGCUGGAACUGGAAUGUGGAUUGGUCUGAAGAAGGUGGACGGGGUGUUUCAGUGGCACAAAGGCACAUCUAAAAGUUAUACAAACUGGUAUUCUGGAAGUUCUGGGACAUGUGUCUUGAUGCAUGGCGCAUACCUGCAAUGGUUUAAAUAUGGGUGCAAUACUCAGCGUCCAUCUGUGUGUGAGCGGGUCCUCAACAAGCAGAACUUGUGUACCAUUUGAUAUACACUGGAGUUGAUAUUUCAUUAUCAUAUAUUGCAUGUACCUAUUGUCUUUAUGCUAUUAAAAACACUUUU